UCGCAUUCCAUUCCGAGAGUCAGAGUCUCAGAGAAGAUGCGGCCCCGCGGCAGAGGAGACGACGUCGACGAGGAGGAGGAGGAGGAGGAGGAGGCGGUGGACUACUCUCCCCACCGGAGCGAGCUGGAGCCGGAGCCGGAGCCGGAGUCCGAGACCGACGCCGACGCCGACGCCGCGCUGCAGCCGCCGCCGCCUCCCCCCGCUCGGGCCCCCCUCAGCAGCCUCGUCGUCAAGCCCUCGCCGCGCGAGGGGGACGGCGCCUCCUCCUCCUACCCGGAUGCCGCCGCGGCAGCGGCGCGCUCGUCCCCGACCCCCGCCGCCGGUGCGCCGGGCCGCCAUCGCGGGUCCUCGCUCCCCCGCCGACGGCGCGACCUCUCGCCGCCGGAGAGGGAGAGGCGCCGCUCGCCCCCGCCGCCGCUGCUGGCUAGGAGGCGUCCUCCUGGGAGUCCGCCGCCACAGCGUCGCCGCUUGAGCCCGCCACCCACGCGCCGCCUGACGCCGCCUGAUUUCCAGCCUCGGCACCCGCGCCCCUACCACGAGCUGCAAGGAUAUGGCAUGCAUGCAGGCCUUUCACCUCAGCGCCAACACAGACCAGAAAACAGAAAUUUUGAUGAUACUUUUGGUCCACGUUAUGCUCAUGGAUAUCAAGGUGGUGGUAGAGGAGUCGCGAGGUUCCGGGAUGGUUCUCCACCAUAUGGAAGAGGAGGCAGAUCAUAUGGGAGGGGCUCUGGUGCUCCUGGAAAGGAGUUCAUUAAUAUUGAUGGAGAAUAUGUUCACAGGAAUGAUCCAAAUCUGUCGCCAAGAGAAGGCGAUUGGAUAUGCCAGAAUCCCAACUGUGGAAAUCUUAAUUUUGCUCGGCGAACUCACUGUAACAACUGCAACAAGUAUCGCUAUUCACGAGAAGUAUGUGAGCCUGGCCACAGUCCUCACAGAGAUUACGUCAAUCCUCCACGUGGACCUGCAAGGAAUCUUGGUCCAAGUGAUCGGGCCCCUCCAAGAGAGAUGGCCAGGUACGGGUCACCACCCCGUGGUUGGGGAAGUGACCCUAAGGGUUAUCCAGCUCGAUCACCUCCAGAUCAUGCAGGACGGUAUGCAGAUCCAGUGCAAAGGGAAAGAAUGGGCUUCCGUGGUGAUUGUCAGUUGAGGGACCGUGUAAAGCAUGACUGGUCUUCAGCUGAAGACUACAACCCAAGGGAGCGCCCACAUGAUAUGUAUCUUGAGAGGAGUCGGCGACGAUCAGUGUCUCCUCGGGAUAACUGGGGGCACAAUAUGCGGGACCGGAGCAGAUCCCCUGCAGGAGGCAGGCUGAAGGGUUCUUUCACAGGUGGAGGUCGACCAGACUUGUAUGCUGAUCCCUAUGCAGGGAGGGGGCGACCCAACAAUUUAGAUGAUGUCCGUGGCCGUGGCCGUGGCCGUGGCCGUGGUUACAUACCUGGAGGUGCUACAUACCUAGGCAAGGGUCGAGGUGACAGGCGUGCUGCUCCCAGUAGUAGGAAUGAUGGAAGCUAUUAGAUCAUCAUAGUCUUAUUGCAUGACCAUCAAACAAUCUAGUUAAGGUAGCUGUUGAAGCAAGAUGUAGCUUGUAAUAUUAAGAUUUCCCGUACUGUCUUGAACUAUGAUAUUACAUUUGCAUCUUGUAUGGACAUACAGUGAAUGUACGGUCACUUGGUCAACAUUUUGCUGCUCGACGUAAAUGUUGAUGCGUUUGACAUUAAUCGGUUCUGUAGAGAUGACCAAUUCAUUUGAUUAUUCAUGCUUCGGAUCAUUGAGUUCC